CCCACUCCCCGCAACUGCGCCCCCGCACCAACCUCACGAUAAGCUUGCCCCGCGUCCCUACAAGUGUCCUUAUCCCUUGUGUGGCCGUGCUUUCAGCAGGCUCGAGCACCAAGUCAGUUCCCGCCCGCUUCCUUCUCCUCUCCUCUGCUCAUCCUUCUCUCUCUUAGACACGUCAUAUACGCACACACACUGGUGAAAAGCCCUUCGUCUGCACGUUCGCUUCCUGCGAAAAGAGGUUUUCGCGCUCAGACGAGCUCACUCGCCACUCUCGCAUCCACAACAACGAUCACAUCCACAACCCUGCUCUUCCCGCCGGUUCCAGUACCAGCAACAAAGGAAAAAUCAAACCCAAAGCUGAAACCGCCGUCGCAGAUGACACCGAACCCGCUGUCAAUCUCCACUCCAUCGUCAAGAACGAGACCACAGCUCUCAGGAUAAAGAAAAAGGCUCGAA